GACGUCGUUGUGAUCAAUGACGUCGUUGUUCAGGAGCACAGAGGAAGAAAAGCUCGACUCUGAUUGGACGGCAGGAAUACAUCAACAGAGAAAGAUGGCUGAAGUGGUGGAGCUCCAAAAGCUGAAGCUUGCUGAGCUGAGGCAAGAGUGUGACGCCCGCGGUCUGGAAACCAAGGGAAACAAGGGCGAGCUGAUCGCUCGGCUCCAAGCCUACCUGGAGGAGCACGAGGACGAUGUGGAUGUUGAUGAAGUUCUGGCAGAGGACACACCGGAAUUCACUAAAGUUGAGAGCUCCAACAGCAUAAAGGAGGACAACCACACUGAAACAAUCGCAAUUCCAGAGUCUGAAGACAAGAAAGUGGUGAAAAUCUCUCCUCCGUUGUCUGCUGGUGAAAGGCUGCAGAAGAGGGCGGAGCGUUUCAACAUGCCUGCAACCGCUGAGAGCAAGAAGGCCCUGCGGGCCGCCAGGUUUGGUUCAACCACGGCGUCAAAUCCCACUGCAGGCCUGGUGGUGAACAGUAAAGCUGCUGUGGAUGUUGACCAGCUGAAGAAGAGAGCGGAGAGGUUCGGCAUGAACGUCUCCUCCAUUUCUCAGAAGAUUGAGGAGGAUGAGAAGCUGAAAAAGAGGAAGGAGCGGUUUGGGAUCCUAACAAGUGCCUCCCCAGGCGGAGCAGAAGAUGCUGAGGCAAAGAAAAGGAAGCGCGCUGAAAGAUUUGGAAAAGUGUGAAUGUUUGUUUUCUAGAGUUUCACAGCGGAGGGCAGACAGAUGCUGUGCACGGUAGUUCUGUUGAUCAAAAGUACACUUAAAUACUAAGACGUCUGCUAAUACAUUUAGUCUUCAAAGCCCUAAAAAAUUUAUUUUUUUCCCUAAAAAAAGAUUGGUAAACUAUUGAAUCAAGUAUUUGCUCGAGGCUUCCUGCAAAUUCUUCACAAUAAAAGUCCUGCAGAUCUGCGUUAGAGUGACUCCUCUGCAAAUACUCUAUCAAACAUGGAAACCGGUCAGAGUCUUCUGCUAAAAUAGGUAAACUGCUUAUCUAGAGAUUUUCAAAAGUUUCAUUUGCUGUGGUUUUAGGAUCAUGAUGCAGCAUUUUUGUGCAGUGAAACGAGGAAUAAAACUUAAAAAAAAAAAGUCCUCUGGAAAAUAUUGGGCUGAAAUAAAAAAAAUUCAGGCCCAAACACGGGAAAAGUCGUUUCCUCGUCUGACUUCUUUUCAAACUCUGACUGCUGUGGUUCACUCUUGGUAUUUCUCUGUACUUUGACCCAUCUGCCUGUUCAUUUUUGUUUUUUUUUCCUUGGGGGGGGUGGGGGGGGGGGCGUCCCAUUGUUACGCCUGUUUAAUUAUCUGUCUGUUUUAUAACAUUUUGUGAUUUAAAAUAAACUUUUUAAUUUUUGGA